AUGCAGCUUCUCGCUGCUUCACAGCAGGGAGAGACAGCAGGGUCAGGAGGCCGCUGGACCGUUGGAACGCUCUCCAGAUGUGGACCGUUCACCUGCAGCACCAUUGAGCUGCGGACAAAGAUGCAGCCAGGAGAGCUGGCGGAGAAGCCAGUCAUGGAGAGGCCGGAACAGACUGAGGCCUGCCCAGACACUGAGGCUGGGGGCAGCCAUGGAUGUCUCACAGACAUCCAACUGUCCCUGGAUCCUCAGCCAGUGGAGACAGACGUCUGUUCAGAGGAGGACCGGGUUGAAAGCCAGGACUGCUGCCAAGCGGCCAGCAGUGAUUUUGAGGCCCUGUCUAUCUCAAGGACGGAGGGUGCGGAGACAGUGGGGGAGCUGGGGGAAGACAGGACAUUGAAGAAGACCCCCAGCUUUGGCAAGACGGUGCGGUUUCAGAUACCGGUGGACUCGGAGGUGCUGGAGGAGAGGGUGGACUUGGAGGAGAGCAUUUUCCCAGAGUACAACCUUGAGGAGUGGACCACCUCCAGCUUCGAGGAGCUGUUCCAGGCUGAGGACUGGGUGGGCAUUACAGAUGACCGACUGCUGAGAAAGAAGUUGAUCAAGUCGGGCCCUGCGGAGGCUGCGCGUCCUGUCUGGGGUCAGGAGGUCACUGUGAAACAGCAGGGAGUUCUGGAGGACAGGACAGUGGUGGAAAAGGACCUCAAGCUAACCUUCGUCAUCGGCGAGGGGGACGUCAACCAGGCCCUGGAGGAGUGCGCGCUGUCGAUGCAGCUGGGGGAGAUCGCAUUACUGCUGGCCGACUCGCAGUACACAUAUGGACUUCUGGGAAGGGAUCUGGACAUCCCAGCGUGGGCCCCCCUGCUCUACCAAAUCCAGCUCCUGGAUAUCAGAGACAAGCAAGACCCCCUGGACCUCCCUAUCCCCGACCGGAUCAGGAUCGGCAACCAGAAACGGGAGCGAGGAAACUUCUACUUCCAGAGGGAGGAGUUCACCUUGGCAGCUCGGUCCUACCGCAUGGCACUGGACGUCCUGAACACACGCGUCAGAGAUGGUGAGAGUGCCGUGGUCGUGGAGGAAGAGGAGGAGGUGCAGGAGUACAGGGUCAAGUGUCUCAACAACCUGGCAGCCGCACAGAUAAAGCUGGAGCAGGUAGAAGAUGCACUGCAAACCAGCCAGGAUGUGCUGCUCCUGGACCCCCAGAAUGUCAAAGCCCUUUACAGGAAGGGAAAGCUGCUGUCCGACAAGGGGGAGUACCAGGAGGCCAUGGAUACCCUGAAAAAGGCCCUGAAGCUGGAGCCCUCGACCAAGGCUAUCCAUGUUGAACUGUCAAAGCUGGUGAAGAGGCAAGCUGGGGACAGUGAGACUCAGAAAUGGAAACCCAAACCUGCUGAGGUGCUUGGGGAAAAUAUUGCCCCCUUUCUCACCCCUUCCAAAAAGAAGCCUCCCUCAGGAAUGUCUUGGAAACUCCUGCUUGGCGCUCUGGUGGUGGCCAUGGGCAGUUUAGUGGCGUCACUGGUUCUGACCGCCCGAAACUAA